AUGGCAGACCAGCGUCCUCAGUCUUCGACCCCGUUGGUGGGUGGUUCCGAUCACAUUCGACCGACAAAAACACAGGGUCGGAAACGCAAGAGAGUAUCUGUGGCAUGUCGGUCCUGUCGGGUCCGCAAGUCUCGCUGCGAUGGGGCACGACCGUGUUCGACAUGUGAAGAUAUGGACACGGAGUGCCGAUAUGAGCAGCCGCACAGCCAGCCUGUAGCAAUAACUAACCCCGGCAGCAGUGAGCGGCAAGAGGAGAGUCUGCUCGAGCAGCGAUUACAGGCAAUAGAAAAAAGGUUGCGGCUAUCUGGGCCAGACAAGCAAUUCGAUAGCCCUGAAAUGCAUACAGCCACCUCUCCCACAAUGCAAGGGAACCAUGGAUCCCGACGUAGUCCGGAAAUGAAAGGGCCGUUGGAUCAAGACGAUGGAGUGGAUGGUAUGGGCGCCGUGGCACUCAAAGAUGGGGCUGACGAAGAAGAAUAUUUUGGCGCUUCAUCUAAUGUGGCCUUCUUGCGUUUCAUUCAUGCCGUUGGUUAUCCGGCCAAUCCGGCCGACAAUUCACCUCUCUCAAGCAUGGAUGUUUCCACCGAAGUUGGCCAAUCAAACGAUGACCGCUUCGAUGCAUUCCUGAGAAGACCAUCGGUGGAAGCAGACGCUUUGUUGCAUUUGUUUUUUACCACCGUCAAUCUGAUGAUUCCCUGCAUCUAUGAAGGCUCGUUCCGAGACACGUACAGGACACUACAGAUUGACGGGACUCGGAGUGUUCGGAGAUCCUGGCUGGGGACUCUGAAUGUCGUGUUCGCUCUCGCGACAAAUGUCAUGACGGCGACUUCACCGAAUAUUGAAAGGGCCACGAGGGCCAGUAUGUAUUUUGAGCGGGCGAUGGAAUUGGUGAAAUCAGAUAUCUUAGGGCGUCUUUCAUUGGAAAUGGUACAAUUAUUCCUUUUGAUGGAGGCGUAUCUUGAAGGAACUACAUCCUCAUCGCUUGCCUGGACGUUACAUGGCCUGGCUGUGAAAGGGGCAUACCAACUUGGUCUUCAUGUCGUGGACUCGAAGAGCAUGUCACAAACCGAUCGGGAAGUGCGCAGGAGAUCAUGGUAUUGGUGUGUUAUGAAUGAUCGGUUUCUGAGCGUGACUUACGGUCGGCCCCCUUUGAUUCCCUUGUCCCAUGUGAGAUUCGAGGCCAGCCCCUAUCUACCAUUCAGCAAUGUGCCCAGUGGUGUUACCGUAUCCAGCCUGGCUUAUUUUGAUGCUAUGAUGUCUAUUACUCACAUCAUGGGCGACGCCCUAGAACGUCUCUAUGACCAAAAUCUUGGGCUUCGCACCCGUCUCCCCAUGAGUGAAAGCCUUAACCAGAUCUCCAAACUGCGCUGGGAACUAGCCCAGUGGCAGGAUAGUCUCCCAUCCUGUUUACAAAUAAUAACCUCCCAGGACACGCUGGAUGAUGUCCCUUUGACGGUCGGAACCACGAGACUCCGCGUCCUACUCUCUCUCCGCUUCCUCGGUGCGAGAAUACUUAUUCUACGCCCAGUCCUCAGUCAAUUCCUCGAUUUGCCGGGUAUGACAGCCUCGAACGAACAUCAGUCGGAAUGGCUGCGUAAUUCAGGUGCUGUUUUGCUGGCGGAUUUGGUCCGCACGUGUGGCGAUAUCCUACAAACCACUUUCAACUCCUCCCUCGCGGUCUUGGGAAUCCUUCUGAUAAAAAGAAUCCCCGCAUACUCCGGACAAUUAUCUACCUUUUCCGUGUCUGAAUUGCGAGGUCUGCUUGAGACAGCUAUGGAGGUCCUACGUGGGUUGAACAAGGGCAGUGAAACCGUCAUGCGCUGUCGAGAUACGUUGACGAGGCUUAUCACUGCAAUUGAUUUUGAUGCAAAUGUAGCCGGAUUCGCACCAGCAUCAUUCUCACUAUCCCCAUCCAGCGCGUGGGCGUGGCAAUUUGUCAACCCGGGCUUGUUCAGCUCGGAGGCAUCGUUGAGUCUUGCUCCAGGGACGGUUGAUGUUGCGUCUGGCUCUCAGUUGCCAAUAUUGACGAAUCUUGGAGUGCGCCCAGAGCAUGACAUCUUUCAUUUCCCUGGAUGA